ACUCUCCUUUUGUGUCUCAUGAAGCCAACAGUACUUAAAGCCACCCUUCACUCUUCCAACAACACCUUUCAUCACUUUCCUCUUUUACAUUUUCCCACAAACACUUUGAUUGAUAAACACACUAGAACAUACCCGACCCCUAAUAUUCUGAUGGCACGACCACAACAACGGUUCCGAGGCGUGAGACAGAGACACUGGGGCUCUUGGGUCUCCGAGAUUCGCCACCCUCUCUUGAAAACGAGAAUCUGGCUCGGGACUUUUGAGACGGCGGAGGAUGCGGCAAGGGCCUACGACGAGGCGGCGAGGCUAAUGUGUGGCCCGAGAGCUCGUACUAAUUUUCCUUACAACCCAAACGCCGUUCCUUCUUCCUCUUCCAAGCUCCUCUCCGCCACUCUCACCGCUAAACUCCACAAAUGCUACAUGGCUUCUCUUCAGCUGACCAAACAGACGCAAACUCAGUCUCAGGCGCAAGCUCAGAACCCGAGACUUCGGUCGCUUUCCUUACCGGACACUGACAGCGUCAUGAAUAUGACGGCCAACGGUAUUAAUUAUAACAGGGGAGGAGUAACGGAGACGAUGAAGGAGAUCAAAUGGGAAGAUGGAAACGCGAAUCUGCAACAGAACUUCAGGCCAUUAGAGGAAGAUCACAUUGAGCAAAUGAUAGAGGAGCUGCGUCAUUAUGGUUCCAUUGAGUUUUGCUCUGUUUUACCUACUCAGUCGAUGUGAGAAACGGUCCUGUCAUUUUAGCAGUAAUUCUUUUUUUAUUUGAAGUUUAAUCUUAUUUUUCCUUCAACAUGACGGCGUCGUGGAGUAGUAGAAGAGAAAAAGGCUAAUUUCUAGACAUUUGAUCUGAAUUGGCCUCUUUGAAACACUCAUUCUAAGAGCAAUCGA